UUUGAACAGCGUCACUGCGUGCAUACAGAUACUGAGAUGUCUUCCCAAUCCCAGCCCGAAGGCGAGUUGCCAAUCGGAGAUCCUCGAAUUCGCCUGUGACAACCGGUGGUUUCUACAAUUUCCACCACAUAAAGUCUCAACCUAGCUAGGUAUUGUUUUAAUUUUGCGGUUUCAUCAAGUUCUCUUGAUAUAGAGAGAUAAUUUCGGUAGAUUUUCUUUCUGAAUCAAGGUGUAGGUAAAGUGGGUGGUAGGCGAAGAGUGAGAUUAGCUUUUGUUUUGUUAUGGCUAUGAAAUACAGCAGUGAAUCCAGUGAUGAGGAGGGUAAAGUAGCAAGAAGAGGAAGGGACGGAAGAGAGAGGGAGAGAACCCGGCCCGAUGAUAGAAGAAGGUGGCGUGAAGGAUCUGAGGAUGGUGAGGUGGUUGAGAGACAAAGGGGUGGACUAGAGAAGGAGAAGAGUCACAGAGAUGAGGGUGGAAAUAUGAGAGAAGGUUCUAAUGCAGAGGAAAAGCUGGUGGAGAGAGGAAGAAGCAGACCGGAGAGGGGGAGAGGUGAUAGGGACAAAGAUAAGCAUGGUAGGCGAGUAGGCAGGGAUAAGGAGGAAUUUAAAGAUUCUGUCCAUUCCAAUGAAGAUGCUGAUAAGCAGGCAAGGAGAGAGAGGUCCGAAAGAGAGAGAAAGCAUGUGCUUGAGGAUGAGCGGAGGCAUUCUCGUCGUGGUCGGGAAAAUGGGAAUGAUAGGAGAUCAGAAAGGAAAUUUGAAAGAGAGAGGGAUAGGACAGAUGAGUAUAGAAGACAGAGAAACAAUGAUGAAGAAGUUGGGUAUCGAAGAGAUAAAGAGAAUGGUGAGAGAAAUCAAUCACAAGGUGAUCAUAGGCAUUCCAGGAAGAAAGAGGAAAGUGAUAGCGGGGUAGCUGAAGAUUCAAAUCCUAAAAAGGAAUCAGCAUCAAGGGAAGGAAAAGUAAAUAUUGAUGCCGCUAAUUUGGGGAAGAGCGGUGGAGUUUACAUUCCUCCAUUUAAGUUGGCUCGGAUGAUGAAAGAUGUUCAAGAUAAAAGUAGCAAUGAGUAUCAACGUUUGACCUGGGAUGCUUUGAGGAAGAGUAUAAAUGGUCUUGUGAACAAAGUUAAUGCCACUAAUAUAAAGAACAUUAUUCCAGAGCUGUUUGCUGAAAAUAUGAUAAGGGGAAGGGGUCUUUUUUGUCGGUCAUGUAUGAAGUCUCAGAUGGCAUCUCCAGGUUUCACUGACGUCUUUGCUGCAUUAGUUGCGGUUGUUAACACUAAAUUUCCUGAGGUGGGUGAACUUCUAUUGAAAAGAAUAGUUUUGCAACUCAAAAGAGCUUACAAGCGGAAUGACAAGCCUCAAUUACUCGCUGCUGUUAAAUUCAUAGCACAUCUGGUGAACCAGCAAGUUGCUGAUGAGCUCAUUGCUCUAGAACUGCUCACUCUUUUGCUGGAGGAGCCUACUGAUGACAGUGUUGAGGUGGCAGUGGGUUUUGUCACUGAGUGCGGAUCGAUACUACAAGACCUUGCACCAAAAGGCCUGCAUGGUAUCUUUGAGCGGUUUCGUGGCAUUCUUCAUGAAGGGGAAAUUGACAAGCGUGUUCAGUUCCUGAUUGAAGGCCUAUUUGCAAUAAGAAAGGCCAAGUUUCAGGGUCACCCAGCAGUCCGUCCAGAACUGGAUCUUGUGGAGCAGGAAGACCAAUUAACUCAUGAUGUAUCUCUUGGGGUUGAGAUAGAUCCGGAGAUUACUCUUGAUAUCUUCAAGCCGGAUCCCAACUUUUUGGAGAAUGAGAAGAAGUACGAAGAACUAAAGAAACAAAUCCUUGGUGAAGAUUCGGAAGAUGAAGAUGGUUCUGAUGCAGCUUCGAGUGAUGACGAUGAGGAUGACGACGAUGAAGAUGAAUCAGAGGACGAAGAGGAGAAGAUGCAAAUAAAAGAUGAGACAGAGACCAAUCUAAUAAAUCUUCGAAGGACAAUCUAUCUAACAAUUAUGUCGAGUGUAGAUUUCGAGGAGGCUGGUCACAAACUUUUGAAGAUAAAGUUAGAGCCAGGUCAAGAGAUGGAGUUAUGCGUUAUGCUCUUGGAAUGCUGCAGUCAGGAGAGAACUUACCUUCGGUACUAUGGUCUUUUGGGGCAGCGGUUUUGCAUGAUCAACAAAGUACACCAGGAAAAUUUUGAAAAAUGCUUUGUCAGUCAAUAUUCAAUGAUUCAUCGACUUGAGACGAACAAGCUACGAAAUGUGGCGAAGUUUUUUGCCCAUUUACUUGGUACAGAUGCUCUGCCUUGGCAUGUUCUAGCAUACAUACGCUUAACCGAGGAGGACACUACUUCCUCCUCACGUAUAUUUAUCAAGAUUCUAUUUCAGGAGUUGUCAGAACAUCUAGGCAUACGUGCACUAAAUGAGCGACUUAUGGAUCCAACAAUGCAGGACUCCUUUGAAUCUAUUUUCCCGAGGGAUAACCCCAAGAACACACGAUUUUCCAUCAAUUUUUUUACAUCCAUUGGGCUUGGAGGAAUUACUGAAAAUUUGAGAGAGUACUUGAAGAAUAUGCCGCGGAUGAUCAUGCAACAACAAGAGCAAGUGUUAGAAUCGGAACCAGAAUCUGAUGAUUCUGGAAGUUCUAGUUCAUUGGGUUCAGAUACAUCUAGUUCCGAGUCGGAGACAGAAUCUUCGAGCUCUAAAGAAAGUGACAGGGAUGACAGACGCCGGAAACGAAGGAAGAGGGAUUAAGGAUAUUGCCCUCUGCAUUGUUUAAAAAGUUUGAUGUGCUGUAUUCAGGUAGUGUUACAAAUUGUCUUGCCUUUUGUAUAUGUACAUCGCAAUGGCUGUGCGCCUGUUCGCGUGUUAUAUGUUCUUGCCAAUCCUUCUUCAUGAGUACAAUCGGGCAAUCGGGGGAGUUAUUCAAUUGUAUUGACAUUUUUGUAGCACUUGACACGCAUAUUUCUAGGUUGGUUUCUUUUCUUGACUAAUAUUUGCAUGGGACUCGGGAAGAUUUUAUUGCUACAUUGAAUUGUUUGUUGGUUUA